GCGAAGAGGAAAAAGAAGGCGUCCAAAUCCGCGGGCGCGACCCCGACCGCGACCCCGCAACGGCCGGCAGAAGCCACCGCGCCACCGCUUCCCCUUCCCCUUCCCCGCCGCCUUUGCCCGCCCCGCAAGCUUCCUCCUCCAUCCCUCUCACCCCACCCCACGCCACCACCUCGCCAGGUCUCCCCAAUCCCGCCCUCGCACGUCCAGAUCUUGAGGCGGCACAGGUGAGGCAGCGCAACCCCCUCCGUCUGUGGACUGUGGCAGCGGCGGCGGCGGCGCUCGACCGGCCGGCAGCGGGAUGGCGUACGUGGACCACGCCUUCUCCAUCACCGACGAGGACGACCUGGUGGGCGGCGCGGCGGGGGGCCGGCCGCGCGGCGCGCCGGUCAAGGAGAUCGCCUUCGCCGCCGCGCUCCUCGCGUUCGGCGCGCUCGGCGUCGUCGCCGGGCUCGUCAUGGCCGCCCACCGCGUCGGCGGCGACCGCUCCCACGGGAUUUUCUUUACAGUGUUGGGCGUAGUGAUGUUCAUCCCUGGAUUCUACUACACGAGAAUAGCGUAUUAUGCUUACAAAGGGUACCAGGGCUUCUCUUUUGCCAACAUCCCUCCUAUCUGAAGAAUGAGUGGCCGAACCUGGUUGGACCGUCUCAUCCAAUGACCCCUUCUUAUGAAAAUGUAAACAUGUUGUGUUCUUUUCUUUAAACCCUUGUACUAGAUCGUUGCAGUUGUUAUACUUGUACAUAUAAUAACAAACAACUAAAAUAAUGAGAAACCACGACGAUAUGGUAGUUUCACCUGAUAGCUUGUUAAUUGUGUGACUAUAUAUUGAUGAAAGGGCUUCUCUUGUCGAUAUCACCCAGACA